CUCUCCCUCCCAGUCCCAGCCUCCCUCCCAGCCCCAGCCACGACCUCAACUCUCUCCCUCUCUCCUCUUCACAGUACACGCUUUUCCCCUUCCCUUCGCACCGCUUCGCCGCAUUUCCCGGCUGUCCGCGCCACCUCGGCCCGCAUCUCACGGGUUGAUCUAUAAGCCAAUUGCGAUCGUUGCUGCUGCGGUCGCGACUGUCGGGCAGAACAGGGAGCAGCUGCAGGGUGCUCUCGACUCGGGUGUGCGCGACUGUUCUCUUGCGCUGUUUUGCCCAGCGCGUCUUGGCAGUAGCAGCAGCAGCAGCAGUGGGGAAAGCAGUACUGUGACAGGGACGGAUAAGGUAGCGUGAAGUGCACCAGCAGCGGAAGCAGCAGCGGAAGCAGUAGCGGAACAGGAGCAGGAUCUGCUGCGGCAGAAGCCGAAGCAGCAGCAGCAGCAGCAGCAGCAGCAGCGUCGGCAAGCUCUGUGGUCUCCCCGCUCCCUGUCUCGAAGGCUGCAGCGAUGUCAGGCGCGAGCGCCGCUCCCUCUCGAGUGUUCUCGUACAUCUUCAGCGGAAAGAGAUCGCAUGUGUUUGGCGGCCUAUUCGUCGUGGGCCUGCUCUCCUAUGUUCCCUGGUACUAUAUGACAGCAGGCAAGAAGCAGCUGUCCCAUUCGGACUACAUGGCAAUCCAGGAGAAAGAGAGGAUGAGGAAGCAACGCCUCUCCACCACCCCUCUCCCGGAUGCUCCUGCUGCUGCACCAUCCCCAACCUCCCCCUCAUGAAACGCCUGCACUGGUGAUAAGAUGUAGGAAUCUAUAGCUUGCUUCUCCUUGACCGUACUGGAUCGCCCGUAUCGGCAUUUGGAUGAAUAGGAUCGAUGUGCGCUACACCUGCUCUGCUGCCUAGACGGCCAAUUGAUGGUAUAACGGGGUGGGUGAUCCUACUAGAUAUCGCUGAUACAAUAUCCUUACUCGCGAAACCCAUUGUAAGAAAUCUUACUCAGCCCAGAGCUACC